GGCCCAACAAGGCCGACAAUACCACCCCGCUCGCGCCCUCUUCUUCAUCAGCAAGCACAAAGAAAAGAAAACAUCGGAUCUGAGACUGUCAACAAUGGGAUCUCUUCCUCCGUCGCUUGACCUCCCAUUACCGCUGUUGAAAAAGCCUAACCAUCAACACAUUUCCGAAACUUCCCUUCUCAACCUCUUCAAAUCCCAACAAGACCACCUCAAUUACUUCUUCCAAAACCUCAACUUAUCCCAAACGUUAUCCUUCACCGAAACCCUCCUCAAUUCUCGGGGUACCAUUUUCUUCUCGGGUGUCGGAAAAUCCGGAUUCGUCGCCCACAAGAUCUCCCAAACCCUAGUUUCCCUUGGCAUCCGCUCCUCUUUCCUCUCCCCUCUCGACGCCCUCCACGGCGACAUCGGCGCACUCUCCUCCACCGACGUCCUUGUCCUCUUCUCAAAAUCUGGCUCCACCGAAGAACUCCUGCGCCUCGUCCCCUGUGCCAGAUCCAAGGGGGCUUAUCUCAUUGCGGUUACCUCCGUUUCCAACAAUGCCUUAGCCAACGCUUGCGAUAUGAACGUGCAUUUGCCGUUGCAGAGAGAAUUGUGCCCGUUCGAUCUGGCGCCAGUGACUUCGACGGCGAUCCAGAUGGUCUUUGGGGACACGGUGGCAAUUGCGCUUAUGGGAGCUAAGAACUUGACUAAGGAGCAAUACGCGGCGAAUCAUCCGGCUGGGAGGAUUGGGAAAUGCCUUAUUUUUAAGGUAAAAGAUGUCAUGAAGAAGCAAGAUGAACUUCCAAUUUGCAAGGAAGGAGAUUUGAUAAUGGAUCAGCUGGUGGAGCUGACCAGUAAAGGAUGUGGGUGCUUGCUGGUCAUAGAUGAGGAAUACCACUUGCUUGGCACAUUUACUGAUGGUGAUUUGCGGCGUACUCUUAAGGCUAGCGGAGAAGGCAUAUUCAAGCUCACGGUGGGAGAAAUGUGCAACAGGAAACCAAGAACCAUUGGUCCGGAUGCGAUGGCAGUGGAAGCCAUGCAAAGGAUGGAAUCACCACCUUCUCCUGUACAAUUUCUGCCCGUUAUUGAUCAUCAGAACAUCUUGAUUGGCAUUGUCACAUUGCAUGGAUUAGUUUCAGCUGGCCUUUGAGAUAUAAAACUAUCUUAUGUCUGGUUUUAACGUUAGUUAGUUAGUACCCUGAGAUAAUUAUUUUGUUAAGUGUUCACUAAAGAUUGAAUUCAACCUCUUGAUGGCUUCUUAUGUAUUCUUUACAAAAUUAUUCAUAAAUAUAUUAAAUUCAAUGUGAUC